GAACCAUCAUCUUUCCCAUUGCAUUCUACCUGCAAUGGCUUCUUCACAGUUGUGAGACACAGCGUUGUGUGGUGAACCAUGUCUAGGACACUUCUCUGGAGAAUUUUCUGGGAUGAAGUGAGGCAGGAAUCUGGAAUAGGGACCAAGGACAUCAUCUGAUUCAUAUUUUUAAUGCAAACUUUACCUAAUUCACAUUUCUUCAGAGGCAGCAGAACAAGAGGCACUAGCUGUAUUUUUCAAAACCUCGCGAGGCACUUCCCUCAUGAAAUACGGUGUGGAAAAAGUACUGUGUCAGGGAACAGCACAUACAAAUAUAUGUCUAUCGGUAAAAAAAAUAAGAUAGGAGAAACCUAUUUGACUAAAGGAAGCGGCUUGUAAAAAUACGUCUGUUAGGGUGUGUCGAAAUGUUUACAUUAGAGGAUUUCCCCCCCCCACAAAAAUGUGUGCAAAGUUUUGUAGGGACUUUUUAAAAAAAUCUGAACUGAAACCCCAAUUUUCAGAUAGUUCCCUGAUCGCGGCGCCUUCUAACGAGGCCGCCCAGAAUCUGAAGGGCACCGUAAAUAAAAUGAGAGUUUCUUUUCUUGUCUCAUAAACAGGAACACGACAAGACAAAGAUUCACCCGCCUUUGCAUUCUCUGUUUUCUCCUCCAGAGUCUCGGCUCCUGUGCUGAGAUGACCCCCCCGCACCCCUCGCGCCUGCACCGCCAUGGAAAGCCCCUCUAACUCUGCCUCCUCCAACUCCUCCGUCUCUCUCCCCUCGGCCAACGGGCAGGAUGACAAGGCCGUGGUUCGGCCCGCUCAGGGCUCCCCUGCCUCUCCAGCCACCAAAGAAACCCCCCUCUCGGACCCUUCCUCCUCGGACGCCUCGCCCGCUCUUGAUGAAACCAUGAGGCCCUGCUCCGCGCCGCAACUCCAAGCAGACUGCGGCCGAGCAACGCCAAACCCAUCACCCUUCCCUCAAGCAACGUCCCCUGCCGAAGAUGGGAGUAAGCGAGCAGCAGAAGAAGGUGGAGAAGAGGAAGAGGACGGUGGGCGUGAAGCCCACCUCUUCUUCUCUGCCGACGGCUCAACCUAUCUCCUCGGUGGCGGCCAUGUUCUCUUACCAAAGGGCUCCCCUAGCACCACAGUUCCCCCAGUCUCCAUCCUCCACGUCCAGCGCAGUGGAGGCCCUAACCAAGGCUUUAUGUCUACUGACCAAAUGUCCCAGAAUACCUCAGCGCCAGGCGAGUGGACCCCUCACGGCGCCUUCUACAGUUACCGACUGGCCGGGCUCCCUGCUCGAACCACAUCUGCCAAAAACGCUCCCACCGAACCCAAAGAUGCUCCCACCACCCAUGUGGAGGAUGAGGAAACCCUCAAAGGGGAAGCCAACGUUGGCCAAGAAGAGGAGCUCCCGGAGGUGCCCAUCUGGCUUUGCCUGGUCUGUCGCCUCUCUUUCGGCCGGGGCCGCUCCUUGGCCACGCACACCCGCGCAGCUCACGGGGUGCAGCUGAACACCAACGAAUGCCAGACCCUGUCCAGAGGGGCUUCUGCCGUGUUCCAGGGUACCACACUUGGCUUCCUAGAACCAAAUAUUCCCACCACCAAGGCAGACCUCAAUGCCAGAAUGUGUAGCAGAUGGGUGAAUGUAACAGGAGAAAAUAAAGAGGAGGAGGAGGAAAACGGGAGCCCAGAAGGACAACGCGAGCCACCCAAUGCCAAAGAUUCAAGGGUCGGAGGCACGCACUGGGCAAAGGGGGGCAUGGAGGACAAACCAGAAGAAGGAAAGGAGGAGGAGGAGGAGGAGGAAGUAGUGGUUGAAAACAAGAAAGAGGAGGGAAGGCUUCUUCCAGACCAAAGCUCAGAUGGCCAAAGCCCACCCAUGGGUGCUAACACCCCCCUCUCAGAGACACCGCUGAGGAAGGCCAACAGCACUGACACCAUAGUUAAUGUUGGGCUGCCCAAGGAAGACGUCCACCUGGAUUCGGCCAACGGCGCGGUUGGGUUGGCCAACAGAGCCAGCCACGCAGGACCAGCUCACGAGAUCGCUCCUACCGAACUACCCACCGAAAUCAUCGGGUUAGCCACCAAAGUUAAUAACGACAGCCUAGCCAAUGACACUGAAGCCCCAAGUGUUGGGUUGUCCCAUGACGUUGGUGCCACCGACCUGGCCCACCCCCUCGGGAACGUCGGGAUGGCGAACGACAUGACUAAUGUGGGGUUCGAAGUCAACAAUGGAAUAAGCAACAGUAAUCACAACGGAGGGUCUGCGCUUGCUUUCGGGGAAGAUUACACCGCCAUGGCUUACUCUGGGUUAACCCUAUCUGGUCACAUGUCGCUGCUCCAUUCUCGGAACUCCUGCAAGACUCUUAAAUGCCCAAAGUGCAACUGGCAUUACAAGUAUCAGCAAACCCUCGAUGUGCACAUGAAGGAGAAGCAUCCGGAAAACAACAGCCACUGUGCGUAUUGCAGCACAGGCGGCCCCCAUCCGCGCCUGGCCAGGGGCGAGAGUUACAACUGCGGCUACAAACCCUACCGCUGCGAGGCCUGCAACUACUCCACCACCACCAAAGGUAACCUCAGCAUCCACAUGCAGUCCGACAAGCACUUGGCGAACCUCCAAGGCUAUCAGGCCACGGGGGCAGGCGGGGCCUCUUCGGUGGUGGCCCCUCCCGUGGCCCCCUCCCCGUCCUCUCCCGAAGAGAAGGAGCCGAAAGGCAAAUCCUCCUGGCAGUGCAAGGUGUGCAGUUACGAGACCAACAUCUCCCGCAACCUGCGGAUCCACAUGACGUCCGAGAAGCACAUGCAGAACAUCCUUUUGCUCCAUCAAGGGUUGCCCUUGGCGUUACCGGGACUGCUGGGGCAAUCUCAAGCCCCCCCAGGAGGCAAAAUGCAGACAGAGCUCUUCCAGUUCUAUGGGGCUCAAACCCUCGGCCAUUCCCACCACCCGCAUCCCCACCACCCUCAUUCCGGGGGAAGCCCAGCCCUGCGGGGAGAGAAGCCUUUGGAGCAAACUCAACUCUUACUCAACGGAGGCUUCCCACACCUCGGGGCCACGGGCAGAAAGAUGUGUACCUUGGGGUCAGCCCCUGCAUCGCUCUCUCCGGAACCUGCUCCACCUUCUCCGUUGCCACCCCAUUCCGGAUCCGACCCAGCAGCACCACAGAGGUUGUUUGGCUGCCUGGUAUGCCAGGUGUUUGGCACGGAUAGCCUGGAGGCCCUCCUCAGGCACGCCUCGGCACCACGCUCGCUGCCCGAGGCCGAGUGGAAGGAGGUGUCCGGGGACUUGCACCGGUGCAGGCUCUGUGCCUACGGCACCCAGCUGAAGGCCAACUUCCAGCUGCACCUCAAGACCGACAAGCAUGCCUUGAAGUACCAGCUGGCGGCCCACCUGCGCGAAGGGGGCAGCCUCGGAGCCCAUGUGGGGGCAGAGCUUCCACUUGGCCCGCCCCUUCACCUGCACUGCAACCUCUGCGAAUACGAGACCAACAGCAAGGAGAAGAUGCGGCUGCAUGUGGCAGGCGCUGGCCAUCAGGAGGCGCUGCAGGGUUACAAGUUCCUCCUGGAAAUGGAAGCAACGUCAGCCCUGCCAACCGUGGGUCCUGAACCUGCCCAGUUCCGUUGCCUCCUGUGCCACACGGACACCCCAAACCGCCUGGUGAUGGUCCAGCACCUCCGGUCCCCCCAGCACCGCGAUGCUCAUGGCCAGUGGCGGCUCCAACUGCUCCAGAAUGGGGAGGGCACUCCAGGUCUUGAGAGAUACAUCUGCUUUGCUCCUGCUAACCCCGCUGGUAAUGGUCCCUUCGCUCAGCCAUCGAGGCCCAUGGGGAAGGAAACUGUACCAGAGGUCUCUUCCCCUGAAAAGGAAACGCAGAAUAAAGCCCGGACGCCCACUUCUGACGAGGCCGAAACGAAAGCUGGUGGUGUGACCGACACUACGGUGUUCUGCUGUCCAUUCUGCAAUUAUGUUGAUCCCUCCGUUGAAGCCGUCCGGGCGCACACCGUCUCCCAGCAUGCGGUGCAGCCCAAGUACCGUUGCCCGCUGUGCCAGGAACAGCUGGUGGGCCGGACCAACCUCCACUUCCACCUCAGCCACGUUCACAACGUGGUGCCCGAGUGUGUGGAGAAGUUGCUGCUUGUGGCUACCACCGUAGAAAUGACCUUCGCCACCAAAGUUGUCCAUGACCCCAGCCUUCCUCCUGACCCACCCAAGCCAGGCGGAACACCCAACUCAGAGCAAGGGGCUGGAAACGAACCCCAGAGCCCCCUCGUUGCACCAACGACAGGGGAAAAAAACGCUCCAGCCCCUAAGCUUUGUCCAGGAUCGCCUCCUCCCCCUCCUCCUCCUGCCUCCCCAGCUUUACUGGCUGACCCUCCAGAAAAGCCGCCUUCUGCUUCUUCGCCACCGCUGCCGCCACCAGCACCGCCACCAACAAUCCCGCCGCUGCCACCACCUCCUGCUCCUCCUCUUCCUCCUGUUGCUCUACCUGAGUCUGAAGAGGAAGAUCCUCCUCGCCCAAAUGCAUCAGCAGAGGAGCAGCUGCUGCCAUCCCACGUCCCAGCUGAACCGCCUGAGGUCUCCCUCCUUGCCGCGCCCAACCAAGAUCCGCGGCAUCCCCUGUCCUACCGCAAGGCAACCAAUUUCGCCUUGGACAAAUUCCUUGAUCCGGCCCGUCCGUACAAAUGCACCGUCUGCAAGGAAUCCUUCACUCAGAAGAACAUCCUCCUGGUCCACUACAACUCGGUCUCUCACCUGCACAAGAUGAAGAAGGCCUCCGCUGAUCCUUCGGCGCCCUCCCGGGGCGAGGCGGGCACCCCGGGGGGUCUCCAGCCCUCAUCCGACAAGCCCUACAAGUGCACCACCUGCAGGGUUUCCUACAACCAGAGCUCCACCUUGGAGAUCCACAUGCGCUCCGUCCUGCACCAGACCCGUUCCCGCGUCGCCAAGAUGGAAGCGGCCGGCAAAGCGGAGGUGCCAGCGGUCGAGCCGGAGCACUCGAACGAGGCGCCGUUGGAAACAGAGGCUCCGAGCUGUGUGCAGGUGCCGGCGCUCCCUUUUCUGGCACCCUCCACAACGGAGCUACAGCGCUUCCCUACACCCCUGUUUACACCCCCUUUGCUGCCCCCCUUCCCACUGGUACCCGAGUCCCUCCUGAAACUGCAACAGCAGCAGCAGCAGCAACUGCUGCUUCCUUUCUACUUGCACGACCUGAAGGUGGCCCCCAAGUUGGCUUUAGCCACCCCGGCACUGACCCUCUCCGCCACACCACCCGUGCUGCUCCCGCCUCUGCCAAACAAGGAAGAGCAAGCCCCCGCGGCCCCCAGCAACCCUAAAUCCGAGCCGGCGGAAGAGGCCGAAGCGGAGGAGGCCGAGGGGAGCCAGCCCGGCAGCGAGGCCUCCCGCACCGCGGCCAAGGUCCUCCUGGAGAACUUCGGCUUUGAGCUCGUCAUCCAGUACAAUGAGGGCAAGCAGCCGGUGGCGCCGGCGCCGGCGCUCCCUCCUCGCCCCCCAGCGGGCAAGCUGCAGUGCGGCACCUGCGGGAAGCAGUUCUCCAACAUGCUGAUCUUGAAAACCCACGAGGAGCACGUGCACCGGCGGUUCCUGCCGUUCGAGGCGCUCAACCGCUACGCGGCACAGUUCCGGAAGAGCUACGACAGCAUGUAUCCGCCCCCGCCCCCACCGCUCCCCACGGAGACUCCUGCCACCGCGGCGGUUACGACCACUGCUGCCGCUGCCGCCACCGCCACCACGACCGUGGCAGCCACAAUGGAAACCACUGCCGUCACCAUUGCACCUGCUUCCAUCCCCUUGGAAAUCCCCUCCCUCUGCCCACCUUUUUUAAUGCAACCGAUGCCUAUUUUGCCUCCGGUCGAAGGUGAGGCUCCCCGCUUGUCUCCCGAGCACUUGAAAUCUCUGUGGUUUCGGGGGGAGGAUGAGGAAGGCAGUGGCGCCUCUGGAGCCCUCGAUGCUUCCCGGGGGGCUUUCCCCACCACCCGGCGCUUCUCCCGGACCAAAUUCACCGAGUUCCAAUCUCAAGCUCUGCAGUCUUUCUUCGAGUCCAGUGCUUACCCCAAAGACGGCGAAGUGGAGCGGCUGUCCUCCCUCUUAAGCCUGCCGAACCGGGUCAUCGUCGUCUGGUUCCAAAAUGCGCGCCAGAAGGCCCGCAAGAGUGGCGGGAGCGAGGCUGGGGUGGGAGGCGGGCACACCGCGGCGCAGCCGUCCUGCAAGAAGUGCCGGUCGUCCUUCCGUUGCAUUUUCGAGCUGGUGCGCCAUCUCAAAAAGUGUUACAAUGAUCAGCCGGAGGAAGGGGAUGGAGAAGGUGCAGAGGAGGAGAACGAAGGUGCUGACGAGGAGGAACAAGAGGAGGAGGAGGAAGAGGAACAGCAGGAGCCAUCAAGGACAGAAGGUGAUGUUAAGACAGAUGAUACUGGAGACAAACCCUUGGAAGAGGAGCCGCCAGCACCCCCGGCCCAACCAGACGACUCCGCCAGCCACCCCUGUGAUCAGUGCACCGCCAAGUUCUCAAGUUCUGACCUCUUGAGUAUCCAUCGUGUUAAUCAUGUGUCAGCAACAGCUCCCCCCUUACCCACCACUGGCUCCCAGACAUCUCUAGACUUGACCCCUUUGGUAUUUGGCGAACGCAUCCCCCACUCGGAUUCGUCCCGUGCCCAGAAACGGAAACAUGAGGACGGGAGCUUAUCGCCCACUGGGAGUGAGUGCGCCAGCGUCGCAGGCGGGGAUAGUGAGCCUCCUCGAGACAAACGCCUGCGUACCACGAUUCUGCCGGAGCAGCUGGAGAUCCUGUACCGCUGGUACAUGCAGGAUUCUAAUCCCACCCGGAAGAUGCUCGAUUGUAUCUCGGAAGAAGUUGGACUCAAAAAGAGGGUGGUCCAAGUGUGGUUCCAGAACACAAGAGCCCGCGAGAGAAAAGGCCAGUUUCGGUGCAACACCAGCACCACCAACCCAACCAGCAAGCCUUCACAAGCCCUCCCUACCGCAUUCCCAAAGUUCAACCCUCCACCUCGAGACCCACCUGUCCAUUACGCCGUUUCCUUCACCCCAAGCCUCCCUGCAGUUAACUUACAACCACCGCCCAUUAAGCCAGAAGUUCUUGCCGAAGUGCAAACACAGGAGGAAGCUGUGGAAGAAGAACUGCCCAAGGAGAAUGAAGACCGGAGCCUGUCGGGAGGGGAGCUGAGCGACUCGUCGUCCUCGUCCUCUUCGCUGGCCGAUAUCGAUUUUUCCGGCGGCCGGCGGAGUCGAGCAACGGAGGGCGGGCUCGGAGGGGCGCACGACUCUUUGGGCCAACGCCGGUAUCGCACACAGAUGUCCAGCCUCCAGCUGAAGAUCAUGAAGGCUUGCUACGAAGCCUACCGAACGCCCACCAUGCAGGAGUGCGAGGUGCUGGGCGAGGAGAUUGGGCUGCCCAAGAGGGUGAUUCAGGUGUGGUUCCAGAACGCCAGGGCCAAGGAGAAGAAAGCCAAGUCAGCCACCGGUGGGAACAGUGGCGCCGACGAGGGUCCCCCCAGUGCUCCCACGCAGUCCGAGUGCCCCUACUGUGAAGUCAAGUACGAUUUCUAUGUUUCCUGCCGCGGCCACCUCUUCUCUCGGGGCCACCUAGCCCGACUCAAGGAGGCCAUCAAGGCCCAGCUCAAGAGUGAAAGCAGGUGCUAUGAGCUUGUGCCGGACAAAGGGACACCCUCACCAACCCGGCUGGGAGCUUCGUUGCCUCCCACUACCAUGCCAUCUGCCCUUGGGAGCAUCGCCCCAUUUGUGUCAGGCCCUUCCUCUUCUUCCUCUGGGACCCUGAGCUCCCCUUUGGCCUCCACCCAGCCCGGUCCCCCUUUACCUCCUCGCCUCACUCCGGAACCGGCUCAGCUUGGUCCUUCCGCAGAGCCCGCUCCAGCUCCCGCUCCGGAGACCUCCCCGUGCGACAGCCAGGCAGAACCGGCUUCAAACUCAGCCCAGGAACCCUCCUUGUCCUCCACUGCCACACUGAAGAACCUCAAGACGUUGAAGGCCACCGUGCCCGCCCUGCUGGGUGGCCAGUUCCUGCCCUUCCCAUUGCCAACGGCCACCGCGGCUGCCCCUUCGCUCUUUGGAGCCCAGCUGCCCGGAGCUUACUUCCAGCAGCUGUAUGGCAUGAAGAAGGGGCUGUUUCCCAUGAACCCUGUCAUACCUCAGACACUUAUGGGGCUGCUGCCCAGCCCCCUGCUCCCGACGCCCGCGCCCGAGCCGUCGGUGGAGGUGUCCGACGCCCCUGGCAUCUCUACGGUUGACGUGACUCACCAGUACCUUUGCCGCCAGUGCAAGGCCGCCUUCGAGAGUGAUUGACUGGGGGGGGCGCCCGCCGCUCACCAGGCCGCUUUCUGCUACUUUGGGCGCCAGCCCCCGGCAGCCCCAGCCCCGCUCCGCGUGCCCGUGUGCACCUACCACUGCCUGGCCUGCGAGGUGCUCGUGAGCGGGCGUGAGGCCCUGGGGGCCCACCUGCGCUCCAGCGCUCACCGGCGCAAGGCCGGCUCCAACGCAGCAACCGCAUCGGUGUUUGCCAAAGAGGAAUCCAAAUUACCUCACUCGGACUCCAACCCAAAAAAUAACGCUACCUCUACGACACUACUAGCUUUAUAGAGAUGGAUGCUACACUGCCACCAGUGAGAGAGAAUGACUAAUGAACUAGCCCCAGGAGGGAGGGGGGUCACCUGCUUGGGUGCCACCUCUUACCUGUAACGAAUAACCAUCGUUCAGCGCCCCGCCCGAUCCAGCCUCUACCUUUUCUUAUUGCCAGCAAGGGUUGAAUGCAAGAGGUCGCCAUCUGCCCAGGUUGAUCCCGGCCACCCACUCGGUCGUUGUGACCCCGUUUUUACCCAUCCUGUGGAAUUGUAUCUUGAAGGAAGACUGCUUCCGUUGAGGUGGGAUUCAGGAAGGCAGCCCAUCCACUUGAUCCCCUGGCCUCGACAAAGUUCAUUUUUACAACCGCA